UAAUAAUACAUUAAACUGAUUAUUAAUUUAUUGAUAAUUUAUUGAAUAUUAGAUUUAAUUGUUGUUAACAUUUAUUGUCGUAUAAAAACAUCAAACUUCUAGUUCUUAUAUAUUGUCAUUCAUUGUCUCAUUUACAGUAAUAAAAGUGUGAUAUAAUGAAAUACAUAAUAGUUUUGUUAGCUUUGUGUACAAUUUGUGUGACAUAUGGUGAACAGGACUCCAGUAAUUCCCGCAAAGGUUCCAAUAAGAAGGACUAUAAGUUUAAGGAGAAGGAUCUCAAACAGGCAAAGGCCCGGUGGAUAAGCCUUCAGGACGAGGACUGGGGCGACGAUAUGAUGCAGAAACCCAUUGAUGAACCGCCGCGAAGGACCAACCGAGAAUUGGGUGAAAUGUGUACGUAUUCGCGGGACUGUGAGUCGGGCUGUUGUCUUCUGGACAGGUCUAGCAAACUGCGGUCGUGUCAGCCCAGGGCUGUGAGGGGCGAGAAGUGCUCCAAUGCACAGAUUAAGGCAGACAUCUAUGUGGAUGCCUGUCCAUGUGUUAGUGGAUACAAGUAA